AUGGAGAGCUCACGUGGAGGAGGAGUAGGCGGCAAUGGAAGAAUUCAAAUUUUGAAUUCUCUGCAAGGUGAGAACUCUGGUUCCAAUGGAGGUAGCGGCCAAAUUGAUGGAGCUAGCCAGAUGGGGGAGAAGGACAAGCCUCCGGAUAUUUUGCAGGCUGACGGUACUCUGUCGGAAAAGAAUGUGGGUCCUGGAAUCGCGGUUGGGGGGUCCAGCCCACGUGAAGUUAACAUAUCGGACGCGAUUGGUGGUAAGUUUGCCAUCUCUAUUCCUAACUCGAUUUUUGAUCAUAACAUAAGUAGCAUGUCGAACUCUCUGGUGGGUAAAUUCAUGGGACCACGCCCCAUUGAGGUUGUUAGGGCUUACGUUAAACAGAAAUGGGCUUUGAAAGGCAAUGUUGAAAUUUUGGCUCUGCCCAAAGGCCUUCUCUCCUUUGCCUUUUCUUGUGAAGAAGACAAAAUAAGGAUUCUUUGUGGUAUCCCUUGGUUAGUUGGAAAGAUAGCUCUGGUCCUCCAGAAAUGGCACCCGAAUCUAAAUAUGAGUGAAUCUCUUCUAGUGCAAGUCCCAGUCUGGGUUAAGCUCCCAGGUUUGCCUCUUGAAUACUGGGUAGAAAGUAUUUUCUCGGGUAUUACAAGCUCUUUUGGUGAGCUCCUCUUAAUAGAUCCGAUCACAGCUUUAAGAAGAACGUUCACUCAUGCCAGAUUCUAUGUAGGGGUUUCCCACGAUGCAGAUAUGCUUGAGCAAAUAGAUAUUGUGUCUAAGUUGGGUACUUGGAAACAACAGAUCGAAUACGAAUCCAUCCCCUUUGCUUGUUUCCAUUGUAAAAAAGCAAGUCACUGGGCUAAACAUUGCCCUCUAAAGCCUAGAGGGGAUAACAAGCAAGUCAAAACUGCAGUUGAGAGUAGAAAGGCUCCAGAGAAAAUGGUCUAG